UGACAAACGUGCGCCUGCGCCCUAGCCUCGUGGAGUCGCUGAGCUGAUGACGUCACGUGACGCAGACGUCGGUUUGCCACGUCGGUCUGUCCGCUGUAACGGCUGCACGCGGAACUUCUCUAACUUUUUGUUUUGCAUCUUAAACCGUUAAUAACCCGCAGCGCACGAGCGCAAACACGCGCGCAAAGCCCAAACUGCCGACGGUCUCAUCAGGAUCUCAACAGCGUCUCGUGGUGUGAAAGAAAGAGAGAAACAGAUGUUGUUGAGUUUGGGUGACUGAUGUGCGCGCUCAUGAUUCAUGUGCGUGGCCGGGCUGCAUUGGGCCGAGACGUAAGGACGUGGUCACUUGGAGCGGCUGGCAUCGCGGUUGCCGUGGGAGCUGGAGAUGCCUGGUGGCCGCAGGGGUCCGAGUAGACAGCAGUUGAGUCGCUCAGCAUUGCCGUCCCCGCAGACGCUGGUGGGCGGCGGCCUCAGCAAUGGGACGAACCUCAGGUGCAGGAGCAUUAAUUCAGUGGGUCUGUCGGCUCCGCCCAUCACAGCCCUCAUCACUCCAGAACCCGUCCGCCAUUCCCGAAUUCCCAAUCUUCCUCUGGACAGUAACCUGCUGUUUGAGUCUCUGCUCUUUCUUUACCUGCUGGUGGCGCUGUUCGUUCAGUACAUCAACAUCUACAGGACGGUGUGGUGGUCCACAUACACCCACCACUCAGCUUCUGCAUCGCUGAAUCAUCUGGCCAUCUUUAUCACCGUGAUGUUGGCCAGAAGACUGGUGUGGACAAUCAUCUCCGAGGCAUCUCAGACGAGUCCCUCAUCUUUUGUGCAGUAUGUGGUUCUGAUAGCGGCCCGUCUGAUCCUCCUGACGCUGUGUGGCUGGGUUUUGUGCUGGACUCUUCUCAACCUCUUCAAGAGUUACUCCGUUCUUAACUUGCUCUUCCUGGGCUAUCCGUUCGGAGUGUACGUGCCGUUAUGCUGCUUCCAUCAAGAGGGUCGAGCUCAAGCCACCCCGACAGACUGCAGCUACUCGGAGCAGGACGGGACCCUCCGCCCCAAAGACUUUCUUACCCUACUGCGGGAAAACCUUCGAGAGCAGUUCACUAGUCCCGCCCACAGCCCGACCCACACCUGCCCUCCAUCACCUGAGCUCAUCCGCAGCGAAGUCGAAGAGCUUAAGACCGACUUUAACCGGCGGAUUAAAGAAGUGCUCUUCAACUCGCUCUUCAGCGCUUACUACGUGGCCUUUCUACCACUGUGCUUUGUCAAUAGUACGCAGUAUUACGACAUGCGCUGGUCGUGCGAGCAUCUGAUCAUGGUGUGGAUCAAUGCGUUUGUUAUGCUGAUGUGUCAGCUGCUUCCUCCCAGUUACUGCGACCUCCUGCAUCGCUCGGCCGCGCAUCUGGGCCGCUGGCAGAGACUGGAACCUGGUUCCUAUAGCAACACCCCACAGCACAUAUGGUCUGACAGCACCAUCUGGCCGCAGGGUGUUCUUGUGCGACACAGCAGAUGUCUUUAUAAGGCCGUCGGGCCGCACAAUGUGGCGUUCCCCUCAGAUGUCUCGCAUGCCAGAUUUUAUUUUCUCUUCCACAAGCCCCUGAGGAUUUUAAAUCUUCUGAUCGGGAUCGAGUCGAGCGUGGUGCUGUAUCAGCUGUACUCGCUGCUGCGGUCCGAGCGCUGGAACCACACGCUCUCGCUGGGACUCGUUCUUGUCUGCAACUACUACGUCCUCUUCAAGCUGUUGCGUGAUCGUAUCGUGCUGGGUAAGGCGUACUCGUACCCGCUUGGCGGUGCCGGCUUGGGAAUUAAAUCGCAGUGAGGAGAUGAACUUUAUGCGAAAGACUCUUGUAGAGACUGCAAACUUCUCUUGCUCAAUUUUUGCUUUUGAUACGGUUCGUUUUUCAUGCAACGUUUGUAUCUAUUUAAUAAAAUAUUUUAUUUUGUAUACUGUUACACACACAAAAAAAAACAUGAACACGGGCAUUAUGCCGUGAUGUCGUAUCCUCUUCUCUCGAGUUGUAAACGAGGGAGACGGUUAGUGUUUUAUGUGAUGUCCAAAUUCUGCUAAGGAAUACAGCAGAAAAGCCAAUCCCACAAGCCCCUCCCUGAACUGACCAAUCACAACACGGGAAUUGAUCUAGCGCUGUGUUAUUGUUUCCAUCCUUACUGUGUUGGUGUGUUAUCUGUUCAUCUUAUAUUUGUUUCCAUCAGUCUGUGUAGAGAAGAAGAAAGUACGGUCAGACACAGAGUCUGUUUUCAAAGCGUUGUCUGCUAGGAUCUUUAUUCCCUCUUCGUGUUAACUCUGUGCCAAAUCCCAGUGGCCGUCCCGUCGUUCUGAGUGGCCGAUCCAGCUUGCAGUAUUUUACAAAACAGCAUUGUUUUAAAGUUUCAGUGACAUCCAGAAUAAAACUGAAAAAAUCUG